AUGUGGCAGCCUCCUCCUUCUGAUUUUUACAAAAGCAACUUUGAUGCGGCCUCCUUUACGAAUCCUUCGGCUUUGGGUAUUAGGGUGAUUAUUCGCAACGACAACGGUGAAGUGAUGGCAGCUCUCUCUGCUGGGGCUUGUCCAGCUUUGGAUAGUGAUGAGAACGAGACUACGGUUUGUUGCAAGGCAAUUCUAUUUGUCAUGGACGUGGUGUUUAGGGAAGUGGUUAUUGAAGGGGACUAUGUGGUUGUAAUGAGAUCUUUAUCUAGUUUGGAAAGGCACUCUUCUAGGCUCGGGAAUAUAAUACAGGACAUUCAGCUUUCUCUAAAGGAGUUCAGAUGUUCCAUUUUUCGUCACAUUCGGCAUGAGGCAAAUACUAUGGCACACUCUUUAGCUCAUUAUGCUAGGCAUAUAGUGGACGUUGUGGUUUGGUUGGAGGAUUCUCCACCUCGUACUAAGGAGGCAUUGUACUCUGCUUUGGCCCAUUUGCAUUGA